GCUCUCUCUCUCUCUCUCUCUCUCUCUCUCUCUCUCUCUCUCUAUAGCUGGUGAAGAUGAAAAAGGAGCUUCUCGCUUCUGCCCCAUGGAGGGACGUAGAGAAACCAGAAAAAUUCCGAGACGCUAAGCUUAAAGCUACUAACCAGCCCGGAACGACUCCUACGAUGUACGUUCCUCGCAAGAAAUCAGGCUCUUCAAAUUCUUCCACCACCGAAGACGAUGAAUCACUCACCGAACUCGAUCCUGAACUCAGAUACAGCUUCCAGAGGAACUUUCAGUUUCUUCAACGAGUUUUUAGCAUCGACACUGUUGUGAAGCCUCUUCCUCCUGCAAUGGCAUAUAAUGUUUCCCGCAACCUCAGCUUUUUCACUCGCAUUUUCACUCAGUUUUUUGAUCCUGAAGGCAUCUCAAAUGCCCAGAAAUCACUUGGGUUAGGACAAGAAGAGAAAGUGCGUCGUGUUCGUUGAGAAAAAUUUUUUCCCACCCAACCAAAACAAAUAUGUGACCCCCAAGUUCUAUUCAUUUUCAGUUUUGAGCUUAUUAAACUCAUUCUGUGUUUUGUGUUUUGUGUUUUAUCAAGCAAUGGAAGAUUUUAAUUACUUUGUCUCACUUAUCUGCCAUAUUAUCUUAUCAGUUACCUAUUAGGCUAUUACACACCUAUUGUCUAAUUAUUUAAUUAAAUUUCAAUAACUUGGGAUCAUAAUAGAUCCGCAUUCUCAGGGAAUUCUACUGAAGUCAACUCAAGAAUGAAAUUAUCACUUCCCUCUGAGCAGCAGAGGUCAAGCUGCA